AAGCGGCUUCAGAGGGCAUCAAGAGGUCGCGGUGGAAGUCGGGACGGCGGCGGAUCGCGUUUAUGUCUGCCCACUCGUAAGCAAAGUGCGUGUCCGCUUCGGGUUGCACCGCACCGGCGCUUGCCUUGUUUGCGAGAAAGAUCGUUUAGAAUUAAACUUUUCCGCGUUUGCGUUUGUCAUCGUGCUUUUCACAACCAGUCUGAGUGUGCUUCAUAUUAUCGAUGCAUUGAUAGUCAGCUAGCCUAGCGAGCUAGCAACACGGCUAGCCCAUAAGGUGGCUGGGAGCUAGCAUCUCUCUUAGAACUAGCUGAGUAAGUAGAAGAUCGCAGAGUAUCGGGUGAUUAUCAAGAGAGAGAAUUUGAAAAAAAAAGUAGACACACGCGCGCACCCACACACACACACGUGGGAGAGGCCGGAGAGAGAAGGACGGAGGAGAAGCAGUGACGCCAGGAGCGGCCGAUGAAUUCAGACCAGGGCGGAGAGCCGCUGCAGGAGGAGGCCGAGCCGGGACUGAAAGCCCGCGGGGAGGCUGAGCCGGGACCGGGUGCCCGUGAAGAGCGCGGAGCUGCAGAGCCGGCCAGUAUGGUGACCUCGAAGGGAGCGGGUCUGAACCCAAAUGCCAAAGUGUGGCAGGAGAUGCCUGCUGUACCUAGUGAGGCUCCUGUGGAUGGCAGUGAGGCUUCCCCCUGGGCCCAGUCAAGCAUAAGUGAAGAGUCCCCUGGAUGUAAAGCAUACACACCUGGCUUCCAAGUUCUCAUGGACAACAGCACCCCAGCCGCAGCGGACGGUGUGGUCAAUGGCAUGGACCCAUCUGACCCUAACCCUCUGACUGGGUGUAACGAAUCCAAACUAUCUGAAGAUCAGCCUCUCUCUGCAGAAAACUUGCGCGAGUCCCUGAAAAAAGAGCUAGAAUUCUGCUUCAGCAGGGAGAACUUAUCAAAGGACCUGUACCUGAUUUCUCAAAUGGACAGCGACCAGUUUGUGCCAAUUUGGACUAUUGCCAGCAUGGAAGGAAUCAAAGUUUUGACCACUGAUAUGGAUCUUAUCUUGGAUGUGCUGAGAUCAUCUCCUAUGGUUCAAGUGGAUGAGAAAGGAGAGAAAGUGCGUCCGAAUCACAAACGCUGCAUCAUCAUUUUGCGAGAGGUUCCAGAAACGACCCCCGUGGAGGAAGUGGAGGCCUUGUUUAAGAAUGACAACUGUCCAAAGGUCAUUAGCGUGGAGUUUGCUCACAACAAUAACUGGUACAUUACAUUCCAAUCGGACACGGAUGCUCAACAGGCUUACAAGUACUUGAGGGAAGAAGUCAAAACAUUUCAGGGAAAACCCAUCAUGGCCAGAAUAAAAGCCAUCAAUACGUUCUUUGCGAAGAAUGGCUAUCGCAGCCUUGAUUGCAGUGUGUAUCAGCAGCAGUCACACACACAGUCCCAGUAUAGCUCACCGCUCUUCAUGCAGCCUAUAUACAGCCCACAGCAGCAGUAUCUUUACGGCAUUGUCCCUCCCACCUGGACUCCAUCUCCAACACCGUACUUCGAGACUCCUCUGGCACCUUUUCCUAACAGUGGAUUUGUCAAUGGAUUUGGUACAACUGCACACUACAAAACUAGUUCAAACUCUCUCAACAUUGGACGGCCUUUCAACAGAAACCGUGUCCCACUCUAUUCAAGAAAGAAUGUAAUAAAUGCCUUCAGCAGAAACCACGUGAAGCCCCAGACAAGGGUCAAUGACACGCUUGCCUCCACCGUUUCCCCUGUGUCUGUGGUGGACGGGCUCAGGAGUCCACAGCCUGCUGUUAGCAGUAGCUCAGUGCUGCCAACCUCCGAGCUGAGCUCUUCUUUCCCACACAUGACCUCUGAGGCAAGCGACGAUGGCACCAUGGCUGGUCGUGGACGGAGGAAUACGUACAGAGCGACACGGAGGAGGAGAGAUGACGAGCGAACCAUAAGGCCAGUUCCGCUCACCGAAGUUAAGGUCUCGCCACCCAAGUUUGACCUGGCUCCGUCCAAUUUCCCUCCACUUCCUGGAUGCUCCGGCAGCCCACAGGGAGAGCCGGUGCUCGAGAACCGCAUGUCUGAUGUAGUACGGGGUCUCAACAGAGAUAAGCAGUCAGACUCAAACAAAGAAUCCACUGUGAGUGCUGCUGCUCCAGCCUCUGAGGAGACUGUCCCCAGACCUGCACUGACUGCAAGCAAGCCCACUGUUCAUGCUGUAGAUCAUACUAGCUACAGCGCAAGCGCAACCCCUCAGGAAAAGAAACUGGAUAAAGCUGAGCCCUUGGUCCAUAAAGAGACCUCGGUGAACCAGAGCACCACCCCAGCUGUCCCAGCAAUUCCAACUCAGCCUGCUCCUGUCCCCAAGACUCCCCUGAGUCCGGCCAACCCUGCAGCCCCACAGGCCAACGUCAGCCACCCCAGCCCUGCCCCACUGGAGCCUCGGAAACUGAGCUACGCCGAGGUGUGCCAGCGCCCCCCGAAGGAUCCGCCUCCUCCUCCCCCACCACCCCCAGUGGCCAGUCCCAGUCCUUCUAGCUCUACCUCACAGCCUCUGAGGGAGCUGCGCGUGAAUAAGGUGGACGAGCAGUCGGGCGGCAGCGAGAGACCCGAGCGGCCCCAGGAGCGCGCGGGGGACUGUAAGAGCAGAGAGGGCCGGCCGGCUCGUGACUCACAGGGCUUCUACCGCAGCAACGGCCCUCCAAGGGCCAGCGCGGGGGGCUACAAACUUCGUGAGCAGCAGAGGCGUCCUCAGUACACUCGACGCUCUUCACCCCAAGGAGCCUCUAGACACGCUGGCAAAGAGCAGAACAUCCCCCCUAUAUCGCCAAAGUAAAAACUUGACUAAAUCCUUACAAAUGUAUGAAUAUAUACACAUUAUAUAUAUAAAUAUAAAAAUAUAUAUAUAUAAAGAGAUGAAAUAUAAAAAAAGUUUAAAAAUCUAAGAUAGCCACCUCUUUUGCCUGGAGCACAUCCACAGGAAAAUCUCAUGAAAUGACAAUGCACAGAUGGAGACGUCCUGGUGUACGGGCAUCGAAAAAUAUCGGAAGCUAGACAUAAGCUUUUUGAUUGAAGGAAGUCAUCAAAUAGGAAAAAGUGCGCUUUUAAACUUGCCCCUUGAGAAUGUAAUUUUUUUUUUUCCUUUUUUUCUUUCCCUACUUCCUUGAUGAGGGUGUUUUACCCUGGAGGCUGUGGGACUAAGGGCAUCACAACAGCCAAGUGCUCAGUGAUAUUGUUGAGCUGAAACAAUAAUGGCAGUUUGCAAAGAACAUAUGCACUAAGAAGAAAAGGAACAUGCAUACUGUCAUGUACCUAUACAAAGAUAUCACUUUGACAUGCAAGGAUUCUACUAAUAUUUUACUUAUUUUUAUUAUUAUAAAUGUUUUUUUUUCCCAUUCGCAUUGGCAGGUGACUGGGAAUGCAACGUUAUGGAGUGAGUAAAAGAUGGACAUAAGCUUUGCUCUUUGAGUGAAAGGAUGUAUUCUGCAGUAGAGUCGAUGAACGAAUCAGUUUGGGGAUUUAGAUCCCGUUUAGAAAAUGCAACGCCUGCUUGAGUGGAUUGGCAGAUUAGAUAGGAACAGCAGUGAGGCUUGCCGUUGGUCUGGAAUUGCGCAUCAUUUUUGUGCGACACUGCUGAUGACAAGAUCCUUAAAUCAAAAAAAAAGAAAAAGGAAAAAAAGAGCUGCUGUUUAGAAAUGUGUAAAAGACGCAUCGGCUUGUAGCGCUUGAGUAAUUAUUCAUACACGUCAUUUGAUGAGAUCGGAGCCUGAUGAUUAUAAUGCUGGAUCACUGGUUUGCUUUUAUUUCCCUUUUUUUUUUCCUUGUGCUUUAAUUUCUUUAAUUGUUUUUAGUUAGAUUGUGUAACCAACAGCCUGUGAAAGAUCACAAUAUCAGUCAGGUACAUAGACACUCAAGUAUUUUGUCAUCUCAGUUUUGUUUUUUGUUUCUCUUUCCUUUUUGUGUGUGAAUUACUCUCCCAAAAUGGCUGUCUGAGCGAGCUCAUGUUUCCUGAUGAUCAGUCAGGCGCUUGACUGUGUUUACAAGAUUGUCAGCUUGGGACUAAGAGGCAGAGAUGAAGCUGCUUUUGGUUGCAUUUUGGGCGACACACUAUUCUCAAAAUCAGGACCUUCACUAUAACGAUUAGUAGCUAUUGUGCUUAGGUGUGUGAUAGUGAUUUAGGUCAGGAAAACCCAAGGCCUGUUUUAUUGACUAGUGAUAUCACUAAGCUGUAUCGUUUUCAGCUGUAUAGAAAUGGGUAGUUUUUUUUUUGUUUGUUUUUUUUGCCUCCACUGUAAGAAUUUUCAAUUGGUUUAAAUUGUGGUACAUCCUAAAACAAUGUUUUGGGUCAUACAGUGCAAAGCACAACAAAUGCAGGAUGAAUGGCUGAAAAUAUGAUUAUUACUUUUUCUCUUUAUUAUUAUUAUUUUUUUGUUAUUGCGCUUCCAACUUUGUCCACAAAAUCUGAUUUUAUUUUAAACAGCUUUGACAUUGUGGGCAGUAUAGAGAUUACAUUACUUUUCUUCCUCUGUUAAAUAUAAGUAAUGAGACAUUUGGUGCAGGCCAUUGAAAUGUUAAAUGAUUGAUAGGAGUCAUAUUUUCCUCUCACAUACCUUAACAAAACUUAGGUUUGUCUGUUGCAUAUUGAUGGUCUCGGGCAUUUUUAUCUUCCACCAGAGUCAUUUCAUGCAAUUCUGCAAGAUCUUUAAGAAAUCUCUCUACAUUUUAACCCUCAAACUAAAGACUCGUCAAUGUUUUAAAUGGUUUACAUCAGUGACCUUAACAACAAAAAAAAUCUUGAAUUGCUUUUGCCAUCUCCACCAUAAACCCACGAGUUGCUUUUUGGGUGUACGAGCUAUCGCUCCUGAAUGAUUUUUUUUUUUUUUUUUUUUUUGUCGCAUGUGCAACUCUGUCACCUUCAGAAAGCAAAAGGAUUAGGGGGAAAAGUGAACUGGUGCUGUUAAUUUAAAAUUGGAAUCAGAGGAAGAUGCAGUAUUGCUGAUGAUGAAUUCAUUGUAAGUAUUUUUAUUUUAUUAUUUUUUUAAGUUGAGUUUUUAAUUUAUUUUAAUCCUCCUGCCCGCAUUUCCCUCUUCACCCUCCCCAGUCUGUGUAGGCCAUGUUUCUGACUUGUGUACAAAAUGACUUUGGGAGAAAAUCAGAUUUAACAUUUGUAUAUUUUUGAGAUUUCAGCAAAGAAAAUACUUGACGCAUUUACUAGAAGCUUAGUAAUGCAUUAAAUAAAUAAUGAAUCACUGGGGCUUUUAUUGUUUUUUUUUUUUUGUUUGGUUUUUUUUUUUCUUAUUUUAAUUUUGUUUAUUAAUGAAUUUGAGCAGCUAGUGGUUUAGUGUAAUGGAACAAAAAUGCACUAACUUGUUAAAAAAAAUUACUGUUGAUGUAAUGUGAAAUCAUAUUAGACGCAUAAGAUAAUGACAUUGAUGUUGAGCGGCUUGCAGAAAUCUACAGGAAUAGCGUUUCCUUAAUGUUUGGGUUCUUACUGUUAAUUGGUUUUAGGGCUGCUGUGGUAAAGGGAAGAAUUAAUAUAACAAUGGAUUGAAAGUGUUGGAGACAGUGGAUUUUAGCUGUCUGCAUAAAAUGUCAUUAAAAAAAAUAAAUUAUUUUGUUUUGGCCUUGGA